ACUUCAUUUCAGUCUUGACAGAUGGCAAAACCCUCUCCCUACUGUAUUUCUGGGUAAAGCUUCAAGUUCUCAUGAGGACACACCUGCAUCAACCAGUGGACCAGAUAUUGAUCAAGAAGGGGGAGAAAAAAAAGACAACUUGAGAAUCACAAAGGAGAGACCUCAUUUCCCCAGAGCUCUGACAAGCUUCUCCUAGACCUCCUUCCCACUCUAGCACCUCUGGGAGGAGGUUCCAUUCCUCACUUCCUUGAUAAGGCCAGUAUGGAUAGAGGAGCUACCUUUCCAACCUUGCUUCUGGCUCUGCAGUUGGUUCUGUUACCUGCUAUGACCGGAGGAAAGGAGCUGAUACUGGGUGAGGCUGGGGAAACUGCUGAACUGCCUUGUAAGUCUUCAGGCAAAAAAAACGUGGACUUUACCUGGAAACAACCGGACCAACUUGUACUUCUCAAGGGUUUCAGAAUAGGUUCACCAUCGAAGAUGAUAGGAAACACAAAAAAGAAAGAUAGAGUGGAUUCCUUAACAAAUCAAUGGGACGGGGGCAGCUUUCCUCUGAUCAUCAAAAAGUUGGAGAUGGCAGACUCGGGGACCUACUUCUGUGAGGUGGAGAACAAGAAGCAGGAAGUCCAACUCCUGGUGUUCAAGGUGACUGCCAGCCCAAGUGGCUCUGUGUUCUCUGGAGCCGAGGUGACUUUAACCUUGCACGGCUCUUCCAACCUUCCUGCACUCAAGGUGGAAUGGAGUGGUCCUGGAGAUGAAAAAAAAAGGAUCCUGAGUCAAGACAAGAAAACUCUGAACUUGGUGAAAGUGGGGCCCAACGAAGGGGGUCUCUGGGUCUGUACCAUCUCUGUGAAUGACAAAACCCUGAAAUUGAGCAACAGAUUAACAGUAGUUGGUUUCACAUCACCCUCCCAGACCCUCUAUAAGAUGACAGGCAAAGCCGCCAAAUUCUCCUUCCGUCUGAAUUUAAAUGAGCAGGAGCUGAACAGAGAACAGCCAAAUGGAGAACUGAAGUGGCAGGUGGAAAGUGCUGCCUCUCCCCCACAGUUGGCCAAGUUUUCGUGGAAGGGUGACUUGACUCGAGAAAAUGGGGCUCCAGAUUUCAAUCGUGAUCCCAAGUUCCCGCUCACCAUCACUCUUUCCCCUGUCUUGCCCCAGCAUGCGGGCUCAGGAGUCUUCUCACUAAGGUUUUCUUCGGGGACCGUGGAACAGGACGUCAACCUUGUGGUAAUGAAAGCUGUGUCCCAGGAAUCACCACAUCAGCUACUGCGCUGUGAAGUGCUGGGCCCCAUAAUCCCUGGGCUGAGUCUGAGAUGGAUUCGAGAAAACCAGACAGAAAUAAACCAGGAGGUCUCGAAGGAGCAAAGGCAGCUGGAGGUGAAGGAGCCAAAGGCUGGGACAUGGGAAUGCCAAUUGCUAAACCAGUCUGAGAAACUACUUAAAUCGGAUUCCUUCAAACUGAUGCCAAAGCAGGAGUGGAACCUACCCUUUUAUCUGGGCAUCAGUCUGGGUGCAGGAGCAAGCCUGUUGCUUCUCUCUGGACUCUGUAUAUUCUGUUGUGCCAGACGAAGGCACAGGCUGCGCCGAGCAGAGCGGAUGUCUCAGAUCAGGCGGCUCCUGAGUGAGAAAAAGACCUGCCAGUGUCCCCAUCGUUUUUAAUAAAACUGUAGCUUGAAGAGUUGAAUAUGGACUUGCCUGAUGUGUGAAAAUCCUCCAUCCCUACCUCAGCCUACUGGGAAGAGCAGGGAAGGUGAAUGUAGGAUUGAGACAUUUCAACUCCUUCCUAACCUAAUCCUGGACAUUGUCAGUGGCACCCUGCUCCGUAUUCUGCUGCCCCAUGAUGCAUCCACAACCUGAUGACUAAGCACCCCUUUCUUCCUCUGCCAAUGUGCCUCCACAUUUCAUUUCAUCUCCUCGUGCCUUUGGGCAGGGGGCAGGAUUGCACUUCUCUCAAUCCCGAGACUGAGAACAGGAUGUCUGUGGUUUGCAUUUUCCAGCUUCUUAUACCCCUCCGUUAGAAAUGUUCUGAGUCUAUGCUUAUUCCCUCUGGCCACUCUGCCCUGCUCUAUCUAAUAGCCAAAUAAACUUGUGGGUGUAUACUCAGGGUGUCCCUAUCUCCAUCUUACCCUACCCCAAAGCCUAGUAAAUAUUCAUCCUCGAGGUAAGCUCCUUGAGGGAAAA